CAGCUCCAUCAUUCCAUGAAAAUUUCCUUUCUAUGAGCCAAAUUGUUUCUUUUGUAUACUCUUACAUUUCUGUAGAAUCACUAUUUCUAAUAUUCUACUACUGUCAUCAUUUUUAUAUCUUCCAAAAUCUAGCUACCAUUUAAAAACUUCGAUCUACGAGCUCCCUUGGCGUCGAUCUCGAUCUCGAUCUUGUUACACGACCUUUGCUUUUUUCGGACUUCCCAAGUAGGAUGGCGCCUCCCACGGCGCCUCUCAACCUCGAUGUCGAGGCCAUAUCGGGUAUCUGCGGUUCUAUCUCAAUUGCAGCUUGGGUUGUAGUCUUCUCUCCGCAGAUUAUCGAAAAUUUCCGACGAAGCUCCGCGAAUGGCCUCUCCGUCCCCUUCAUUAUCCUCUGGCUACUUGGGGAUGUCUUUAAUAUUCUCGGCGCUAUUCUCCAAGGAGUCCUACCAACCAUGCUCAUUCUUGCGAUUUAUUACACCAUCGCCGACUUCGUCCUAUUAGCGCAAUGCUUUUAUUACAAAGGAUUUACGUGGAAGGACGAGCUGCCAUCACCUCAACCGAAACCACGUCGCGCCCUAAACGUUGGAGAGCCCACCGAGAGAACUGGGUUGUUGAGUAACGGCUUAGACGAACAUGGAAGAAGAGGUAGUGGGUGGUCUCACUUAAGUCCUGCAGUGCCAUUAGUAUCGGAACCGCCAGUCAUGCCCCCACCUACACCGACGAGAUUACAAUCGGUUAUCUGGAACUCGGUGGCCGUGUUGAUGGUCUGCGUAGCUGGUGUGCUUGGGUGGUUUCUCAGCAGGCAAUACGCAAACGGCCAACCCAAAUCGCCUACGGAUGGGGGCGUCCCUUCGUUCGACGUUCUGGGUCAAAUAUUCGGUUGGCUAUGCGCUAUUCUCUACCUUGGCUCGCGUCUCCCCCAACUACUACUUAAUUGGCGUCGCAAAUCAACUGAGGGGGUGAGCAUCUUGUUCUUCCUCUUUGCUUGCCUUGGAAACUUGACAUAUGUACUUUCAAUCUUCGCAUACGAGCCUCACUGUGCUGGUCUACAUUGCCAGCCUGGUGAGUCGGAGAGGAUAUACGGAAGAUACAUACUUGUCAACCUUUCAUGGUUGGCUGGUAGCCUGGGGACAUUAAUCCUUGAUCUGGGGAUUUUUGCCCAGUUUUUCAUCUAUAGCCAAGACGCCUCUGUGGACGAAGAUGAUGAUGUCUUCGAUGACGAAGAGGCUAGCAUCGACGAGCGACUACUAGAUGAUCGACCCCUCCUACAACGCGCUACCUCGGGCCUUCCAUAAAGGGAGGAAAUAUUGAAUUUUUUUUCUUCUGAUAAUUGCAUCUAUCGGCUUAAAAAAGGAUUGGGCAUUGAAAAAAAAUCAAUGGUGUUUGGGUUUGUAUAUAAUUGCCCUACAUGAAAGCAUUUAUGGUUCGGUAUGGUUGGAUUACUCAGGAAAAACCAGCACUGGGUAGAAAAAUUGGCGUUUUCGUUUCCAAAACCAAAGGAGGAUGACAAGGGUCACAUACAACAACCACUUGUUGUAUACUGUGAUAAGCUAUGUGGUAAUGUUUUCAUAUACGAUGAACAAUUACUCAUUCUUAGCCCUACAUGAUCAGAUACUAACACGUAGAUGACCCCUGAUCUCUUGUCUUUUUCAAGGGAGAAGUCAUAUCCUCGAUACACGAUGUAUAUAACAUAUUGGAUUACUUUACAAUGCCAAGCUUUAAUUUGA